UCCCAGCAGACCGCGCGCGGCGUCACGGCGGGGGCGGGGAGCAACACAAACUGCCCGCCGGGCGCGGUCCGCUAGAGCCGGAGCCGUUGACUUUUCCCGGCGCGCGCGCGGGGCCAGGGGGCAUGUCUCGCGGGCGGGAGCGCGUGGUGGCGCUGGCGGACAUGGACUGCUUCUUCGCGCAGGUGGAGCAGCGCCGGGAGCCGCGGCUGCGGGGCCAGCCCUGCGCCGUGGUGCAGUACGACGCGUGGCGGGGCGGCGGGAUCAUCGCCGUCAGCUACGAGGCGCGCGCCUUCGGGAUCAGCCGGGGCAUGCGGGCGGACGAGGCCCAGCAGCGCUGCCCGCAGCUGGUGCUGGCGCGGGUCCCGGAGGCCUACGGGAAGGCGGAUCUCAGCAGAUACCGAGAGGCCAGCGUAGAGGUGAUGAAAGUGAUGUCGCGCUUUGCUGUGAUUGAGCGUGCCAGCAUUGAUGAAGCCUACAUGGACCUGACUACCGCUGUGCAAGAGAGGCUCAAGAAGAUGCAAGGGCAGCCUAUCUUAGCAGAGCGGCUGCCAACUACCUACAUCCAGGGACUGCCAAAUGUCUCUACAACAGCAGCAAAGAAUAAGAGUGUGGAUUGCAAAGAGGAUCUGCGGCAGUGUGGCUUGCACCAAUGGCUUGAGUCGCUGCCUUUUGGUGACAUCAGCUGUCCAGAGCUGCAGCUGACAGUAGGAGCAGUAAUUGUGGAGGAAAUGAGGGCAGCUGUGGAAGCAGUUACCGGACUAAGGUGUUCAGCUGGGAUUUCACACAACAAGGCACUGGCAAAACUGGCCUGUGGGCUGAACAAGCCCAACCGCCAGACGCUGGUAUCCCAGGGAUCUGUCUCACAGCUCUUCAGCCACAUGCCCAUCAGCAGCAUCCGGCACCUGGGAGGGAAGCUGGGUGCCUCCAUCACAGACGUACUGGGAGUGGAGUACAUGGGGCAGCUGACCCUAUUCAGCGAGUCACAGCUCCAAACUCACUUCGGAGACAAGACUGGGUCCUGGCUCUAUGAUCUGUGCAGAGGAAUUGAACAGGAACCUGUGAAACCCAGGCAAUUGCCUAAGUCCAUUGGAUGCAGCAAGAACUUCCCUGGGAAAGCAGCCUUGACCACUCAGAAGCAGGUGCAGCACUGGCUUCUGCAGAUGGCCUUGGAGCUGGAGGAGAGACUGAGCAAGGACAGAGACCAAGUAAGGCGGGGCUUGAGGGUUUUCUGCCUCUCUUACUGUGGGGCUGGGCCAGAGGCAGCAGGGUCUCCGCUACCUGAGCUGUCUGGCACCAGCCUGGGGGAUGUGGUGACUGUGAACUGCCGGGUGGCCAAACAGCUGACUGUUAGCAUCCGCAUGCUAGGCGAUCAGCGAGCCAGUGGCCUGUCGCGCUGCUGUGCCCUGCCCCGCUAUGACGCCCACAAGAUCAGCAUUGAUGCCUUCAUGAUCAUCCGAAACUGCAAUGUGGCUGGAGCCCAGCAGGCUGCAUGGUCCCCUCCGCUUACAUUUCUGCAUAUCUACGCAAGCAAAUUUUCUGAGGCUCCCACACUCUCUCCUGCAGGCAUUGCUGCCUUCCUGACCAGUGAUGCCCAGUGUACCCUGCCAUCUGGUACCAAGGCAACCAGCCCAAAUGUCAAGUGCACUGGGAGCCCAAGAAAAGAGCCCAGUAAGAAGCCCAUGAACGCUAUUGAGGCCUUUUUCUGGAAGGCAGCAGAAAGGCAGCGAGCCCGUGUGGCCACAGGGCCCUGCCUGCCUGGUGUCCCCAGUGCAGAGGCAGAGUUGUCAGUGCCUGAUCCCUGUGGCCGGAGUGAGAGAGACGGUCUCAUCCUUGGCAAGAGUCAGACUCCAGAAGCCCUUGUGAGGCACAGUCCCAAGGGUGGCAGCUCCCCCUCCCCAUACAGACGGCUUCCCCCUGAGGAGUUGCUCCGUUAUCCUGCAGAAAGGCCCUCUGCUGACCCAGCCUCCAGGAGCACUCUAAAAACAGAAUCAGCUGGAACAGAUGCUUCCCAACUACCUGAGUGGAAGGAGCAGAGUUUGCCACGCUCUGCUGGGUUUUCACAAGGCCCUGCCAGCUCACCAGACCAGCUGCACUGUGAAAAGUGUGGCCAGCAGGUGCCAGUGUGGGAGCUCCUGGAGCACAUGGACUAUCACUUUGCUGUGGAGCUGCAGAGCUCCUUCUCAGAACCCAGCCCCCUCAGGGCCCCUGCUGCUACUUCCAGUUCUCCUGCCAAGAGCAAAAGCAAAGCCAAGAGCCCUGGUGGCUCCAGUGCAAAGCGACCCAGGCAAGGAGUGACCAGGACUCUGGAAUUCUUCUUUAAACGGCUGCCCCCCUAGGAGCUCCAGGACCAUUUUGGCCUGAAAUUGAGUGAUUUGUGAAGUUUUUAUCCUUUCCUUAAAGAACUUUUUAUUCAAAGAUUGCAUAAUAAAUGUCUGGAACCUAA